AUGAAAUCCCCUCCACCUGAGAUUGGACCCCCCAAAGAAGAAAAACACGACGAGAACGAGGCGGAGGAGAAGCCCAGUGUGAAAUCUCAGGUGCAAAGUGAAAGCGAAAAGGAUUCUGGGUAUUCAGAUAGCAGCUCAGAGAGCCUCAGCUCAGAGGAAACCAAUGGAUCAACCAGCGUCCGUGCGCCAGGACCCGGAGCGCAGGGGACAACCAGGGUGCAGACGGCGUAUACUCCCAUCUAUAUACUGCAAAAUGUCGUACUGAAACAGCCUCGGCUCCUCCUCCUCCAGCCACCCACACGCCGCCAUCGGAAGUGCCCCGCCCCUUCAUCCUAUCUUCCCAUUCUUCGAUCCUAUCCCAGGAUAGCUCCCCGUCUGGCCCCUCCCCCCACACCUAGCCGCGCCCCCUCUCCAGUGCCUGGCACUGCCCCGCCCCCCAUGAACAGACCAGCCGCCUCCCACCUCCUGGAAGUCUCGCUGCGCUCUCUGGCGUUGCUGCGGCGGACUCGGGAGACGCAGCGCUCUGUCCGGGAACUGAGGGCCCACACCAGACUGUAUGAAAGGGCCCUCCAAGGGGAGGAGGGGGGAUGGGAGCGACUACAGAGAGUCAUGGAACAGAGCGGGGGGUACCGCAGGAUCGCACAGACCACGCCUCAACCCGCCACAUCCCAGGAGGUCACCAUGACGUCAUCAGGGGACGAGGAAACUAGGACAUCAUCAGAGAAAAGUGUGACAUCAUCAGGGAGCACAGCAUGUGGAUGCGAGGAAGGGAAUGUAUGA